AUGUCCUCAGAUACCUCAUUAAGUGAAUACACUCUAAUCGAAGAAGAAUCCAAUAUAUUAGAAUCCAAGUCUUCAGCAUCUGCUCCUCCGCCUCAAAAAUCUGCUAUACGUGAAAAUAUUAAAUCUUUAGUAGCUGGUGGUGUAGGUGGUGUUUGUGCGGUUCUCACGGGUCAUCCAUUUGAUUUAAUUAAAGUUAGGUGUCAAAAUGGCAUGGCAAACGGUACUGUAGACGCCGUUAUAUCCAUCUUAAAAGAUGCCCGUGCACAACCUAGUGGUUCAUUCCUACUCAAUUCACUAAGGGGAUUCUAUAAAGGGGUUAUUCCACCUUUGUUAGGUGUGACACCAAUCUUUGCUGUGUCCUUCUGGGGUUACGAUAUGGGGAAAAGAAUAGUGUCUUGGAACAGUCAAGGGGAUCAACCGUUAUCCAUGAAGCAAAUGGCUGCAGCAGGUUUCAUAAGUGCAAUCCCAACUACUCUGGUCACUGCACCAACUGAGCGUAUUAAAGUUGUUCUUCAAACAUCCUCCGAGGGGUCUUUUAUAUCAUCAGCAAAGCAAAUUGUCAAGACUGGCGGUGUGUCUUCCUUGUUUAAGGGUUCUUUGGCGACUUUAGCAAGAGAUGGGCCUGGCAGUGCUUUAUAUUUUGCCUCAUAUGAAGUCGCCAAGAAAUAUUUGAACACAUGGAACCCAUCAUCUACACCAGACCAGGUCAGUAUAUCCAAUGUCUGCAUGGCAGGUGGUAUAGCAGGUAUGUCUAUGUGGCUAGCAGUUUUCCCUAUCGAUACAAUCAAGACAAAAUUACAAGCUACCAGUGGUUCGCAAUCCAUGAUUGGGGCUACCAAAGAAAUAUAUUUGACAAGGGGUGGUAUCAAAGGAUUCUUCCCAGGUUUAGGUCCUGCUCUCUUAAGGUCUUUCCCUGCUAACGCAGCUACGUUCCUUGGCGUAGAAUUGACUCAUUCCUUAUUCAAAAAGUAUAAUAUCUAA